CCGCGCUGCGCCUCCUCUCUGAGGCGCACUGAGAGCAGGCACCGAGCGCACUUGCUGCGUGUUUUGACUCUGCUGGACGGAUAUGCAGCGAUGCUCCUGUAAAGUGAACGCCUCUGCUGCGAUAUCUGAGCAGCGAAGGAGACAUCUGGCCUCGGAGGAGAGAUCGUACACUGGAAAAAGCGAGCAACACCGGGGAGAGAAUCGGGAUCUGGAGCACAGUUAGGCGGCAGCGGCCUGUCGUUGAUCUAAGGAAGCCGGGGGCUGGAUUUGAUGAGUCGGAGGGUGCGCUGCUGGCAAGACACUUCACCCACUGUGCUGCCUCACCUUUGUUAUCCUCUGUGGUCAAAAGGUGAUGGCGGUGCCGGCUGAGCUUCACCACAACUCGCCCUUCCAGCUGAUGGAUGCCCACAUCCUGCAUGCCUAAUCCUGCACGCUAGGCUGCCACCUCCCCUUUCUCUACUUCUGCCUCUCCUCGUUCAUCUCCCUUCUCAUCUUGAUACUUUAUCCUCCCCCUUCUCUCCUUUCACCCCUUUAUCCCUCUCCCCCACCUGGAAUUUCCUGUUAUCUCCACCAUCUCCUUCAUGAUGGCUUGCUGUGGCCGUUCUUUAGACUCUCCUUGCACUCUAGCCUUGCUUGUAGGCUUCCAGUUUGCUUUUGUGCUCUACUUCUCUCUGGGUGGCUUCAAAGGCCUGGUGUCGGUCUUAGUGCACACAACAGAACCUGAGUUUGACUAUUCUCGACCUCAUGAUGUGUACACCAACCUCAGUCAUCUAGGAGCACUGCCUCCUGCACCUCGGAACACCAGCUCUGGACUUCUUGCCUCAGGGCAGCUGCUGAGAGACUGUCCAAUUCCAUCACCCCUGCUGGUUGGACCUGUGUCUGUCCAUCUCGCCUCUCCUCUGUCCAUGGAGGAGAUCAGACAGAGGAACCCUUUAGUGUUGCCCGGCGGGCGCUACCGGCCUCCAGACUGUGAACCCCGCCACCACACAGCAAUAGUGGUACCAUAUCGGAAUCGAAUAAGCCACCUUCGUGCCCUUCUCUACCACCUCCAUCCCUUUCUGCAACGGCAGCAGAUCCACUACAGCAUCUAUAUUGUACAGCAGUGGGGUAACGGUACUUUUAAUCGGGCCAAGCUGCUGAACGUCGGGGUGCGAGAGGCUCUCAGAGAUAACGAUUGGAGCUGCAUUUUCCUUCAUGAUGUGGACCUGCUGCCUGAGAACGACUACAACACCUACACCUGUCACAAACAGUUCCCCACUCACCUCUCUGUGGCCAUGGAUAAAUUCAGAUACAGGCUGCCAUACCCACAGUAUUUCGGUGGCGUGUCUGCAGUGACCCCAGAUCAGUACAUGAAGAUGAAUGGCUUUCCUAACCAGUACUGGGGCUGGGGCGGAGAGGAUGAUGACAUCGCAGCCAGAGUUCGGCUGUCCGGGAUGAAGAUUGUGCGCCCCCCAGUGGCCAUUGGUCAUUACAAGAUGAUCAAACAUAGAGGAGACAAAGGCAAUGAGCAAAACCCACGCAGAUUUGACCUACUCAAAAGGACCCGGCUGAACUGGCACUCGGAUGGCCUCAACUCACUGAACUACGAGUUGCUUUCCAAAGAGCUGGAGCCGCUCUACACCAACCUGACCAUCAACAUUGGAGAGGACCCACGUCUGACUUUGGGCAAAGCUCCUGUUGCGGUGAAAACAAUGCCUGUCCACCCACGUAGCACCAGCAAUAUCAGGGGCGCCGUUAAACACGAAAAGAGGAAAGGGGAAAGGGUGGCAACAAACAGCACUAUGGCAACAAGACAGCCUGUCCAAUCAAAGGCAGCGAAUCAGACAACACAUAAGCAGACUGGAGUGAUGAAAUAAGAGGUUUUGCAUUAGUAGCGUAAAGUGGCUUCCUCCUUCGUUUUGAUGUGAAAUGAUGGAGCGCAGCUGAGGUCUGUUGUGUUACGAGUAGUUAUGCACUGUCAUAGAAGACUUAAGCCUGUUCCUGUUACAGAGGCGGACUCAGGACCACUCCUCUCUUCGGUUUAUGAUGCACUGAAUGUGACGCUACUGACUGACAAAAAUGUGUCUUUUUGUCUAUAGCUAGACCCGAAGUAGGAUGAUAAACAACUCAGUCGUAUCCAAGUAGAGGUUCAAAACAAACUCACUGAAAACAAGGCAGCAACUAUUGGCGACAACCAGCUGGUCUAAAAAGAAAAGAAAAGGAAAAACAACAACAAGCUGCUGCAGUCCGUCCACCUUGCUGGGUUUGUGUUUCUGUGCCUUCUCUCAAUUUUAUGCGCAUUUUAUAGACUGAUAUAUAGUUGCUUUUAAACGCUGACCUGGGGUAAGUUUUACCUCUCCUACCAUGUGGGACAAACAAGUAUUGGGAGGAUAAAACUGAUCCUGGAUCAGAACAAAUCAUUUGUCCCAGGAUUGCUGUUUUGUACUCACUUGCAUUGAUCAAUCAAUGGCUGACUCCAUAGUUACUGGACCAUUCUAGAGUUUAUAUUUCUAUUUAGAGAGAUUUUUAUUUGUGUACUGGUUUAUUUUACUGUUCUUCAUUACUGUCUGGUGCCUCUCUCUUUCUCUCUUGCUCUCUGUGACAUUUAGUUUAUAGACAAUCAGACUAUAUGGGAAUCUAAGUGUAUCCAAACGCACAACAGAAGUGACUGUCAGAUGAACGUAGACGUGGCAUGAUAGUUGUUGUCUAGUUUGACUAUAACCUUGAUACACGGACAAACCUGUGCUCCAUAUUGUUUGUAGUUUUUGUUAUUAUUUUCUUUCUGAUUGAUGAGACAUGAAAAAGACAAAAUAAUUGCCAGUUUAAGAAAGUAUUUAUUAUCUAAAGUGGUCAGGGUUACAACAGAGCAUUCCCUGUUACCCACACAGCCAGUGAGUGUGAGUAUUUGCUUCUUUUUGUGUCUUUAUUUACUCCAUUUAAGCAAAUCUUAACAUGAAGGGAUGAAGGAUGGAAACAAAGUUUAAUCAGGACUUAUGUACUUGCAGAUGCCAAAAGCAAAUUUAGGUGAUAGUUCAGAUGUUUGUGAUGAAAGGUUAUAAACAUUUUAACUUACUAGUUGUAGUUGGCUAUUUGAAGUACCUCAGUUUGGAGAAACUCAGAUGAAAGCCCUAUAUUAGCCCUAUCCCUAACCCCAACUGCUCUGUCCAAACACCGUAUUUUUUGAAAAAACAUAAAACUUUUAAAACUUAUUUUUCAAAGUAAAGGAUUUAUAACACUCUACUUUUGGCACCUCGAUGUGUAAAAAACACAGAUGGCUAUUCAGAAACAACACACACACCAGCCUAUCUUGUGUACUUUGCUCUGUUUUAACCAAAUUUUCAGCAUCUUUCUCGCUUUAUCCAGAUGCUGUUGCCAUUAAGCUUCAAUUCUGGGUAAAACUGCUCCAAUCUAGGAGACAUUGUCAAAGGUUUCAAAGACAUGCUCUGGAAGAAUCUUUAGCUAAACUGAGAUUGUUCUUAUGUACAUUAAUAUUCUGUUAAUAGGCGGGCACUAUACCAGCUAGUCAUUACAAGUUAAUGGAGUUGUGUAGAUUGAAGAAGGAUUCUGACUGAACUGAUGAGCAUAUAGUCUACAACCAAAGUGAACUUUGAUUAUUUUAAAACAACUGUUACUCAAACACGUCAUUCAGGUGUGCACAGUUAUUUAUGUCGAACUCUGUUGUUAUGUGUGAGAAUCAACAGCAGCAGCUGCAUCACGUCCAGUGCAGCUUGGGGCUAAGGUCUACUCAGAUAUGAAGAUUUAAAAUUAGCCUUUGCAGGAGUUGCUAUGAAAAGUUUGAGAUUGGAAUUUUUCUUCAAGGUGGCCCUUUGUUCUAGUCUACAAAUCUAGACCAACCGUAGCAGUAGCAAAAGAUUUUGCUCUGCACAUUGGUCCAGCCAUGCUCCGUUGUAGCCUCAGGAGAUCUACCACUGGCCCAAACCAUUUUGUGCAUUAACAUUUACAUUACGUUUGGUGGGCUUUGCAGCAGAGUUGUGACAGAGACAAACUACAAAGAAUGCGUUGGCUCAAGAAUGGCACUCAUCUGAAAUGGCUUUGGCAUCAAAUUUGAAAGAUCUAGACUUGGGCUAGCUUGGUCUCCCAAAACAUGCAGCUAAAAACACCCAAAAAUGGCUAAGAGGAAAGCAUUGGACACUUCUAAAGUGGCCUUCCAUGAACCCUGACCUCAGUUCUAUUGAGCGUCUUUGGAAGGAGCUGAAACAUGCCAACUGGAGAAGGUGCCCUUCAAACCUGAGACAAAUGGAGCAGUUUGCUCACGAGCAAUGGGCCAAAAUACCUGCAGAGAGGUGUAGAAGUCUCAUUGACAGUUAUAGGAAUCAUUUGAUUGCAGUGAUGGCCUCAAAAGGUUGUGCAACAAAAUAUUAAUUUAGGAGUACCACCAUUUUUGUCCCGGCCUGAGUUAAAUUUUCAAAAUAAUUCCACUGAAGCAUGGUUGAAAAGCAACGUCUGACUUUCAUUGUUUACAUUUCUUAGAAUGUUUAUUAUUGCUUUUGUCAGAUUCAAGUUAUUACCAUAACCAUUGUGGGUUUUUCUUACAUUGACCAAAGGGCACCGACAGUUUAGUCCAUAUCUGUAUAUUUAGGAUGGCUUGCUAGGCUGCCUUUGUUCAUCAUUCCAGUCAGAGCUAAUCUGUUUCUCCAAACUGAGACCAUUCAGAGCUUUCUUCAGCAGGUUAGAUGAACCCAAAUCCCACCAUCCCAUAUUUUCUCUGUCCUUCUUUUGUUAAAUCUAAACUCUUGGGAAUGCAUAAUUUUAAGUGUUCAUCUUGUAUUUCUUAACAGGAGAGGUUGUCAAGUGGGAACUUGAAUCGGAUCGCUUUUAGGCAUUAGGAUUUCUCGCUGCUAUGUAAAUUAUAGUUUCAGAUGAAGUACUGUAACCCACGGUGUGGCGUUGUGCUCAUCAUCACUCUAACAGGUCACUCACAAGUUAGGCUAAACUGAAUGUAUUUUAUUUAUUGACUUAUCAAUUGUAUCAUGGAUAGUUAAUUGUGAUGACUUCUGAAGUGUUCUAGAUCAGACUGAAAUCCUUUUGUGUGUUUUUCAUGUCUACAUUUGUUUUUCUUAACAUUGUGCCUCAUGAAUUGAACCCAUAUCACUGAAGGAGGACUGAAGAUGUCGCUGCAGAGCUGAGCGCCCUCAUGUGGUAAGAAACGCCAAGCAGAGAGAAGCCAGAGCCUGAAUGAAAACUGCAGUGUUGUGACAAGAAUGUUAAUCAUUCACUAUUCACAGGUUUCAGCCAAUCAAAUCCCUGCAUGGCUCUAGCAGGAGGGUUUCGUAUUUACGCAGUAUGGCAUCAGCUUAAAGGAGUAGAACAAUCCCAAAUCUUAAACUAUAUUUUAUGAAUGUAUUUAGUUCUAUAAAGCUAUUUUAUGUCUAUAAUAAAAUUUUGUUUUAAAACAGA